GCGACCUCUAUGUUUAGCGCCAAAGUUGUAUGCUCAUUUCCUUGCAAAUUUGUUGAAUGCUGUAGAAUUAUAUCUGUGAAUUUGACAAAAUGACAGAUAAAGAUGCCGUCGAGGAGCGUGUCAUCAAUGAAGAGUAUAAGAUAUGGAAGAAAAAUACACCAUUUCUAUAUGAUUUGGUUAUGACUCAUGCCUUAGAAUGGCCCAGCUUGACUGCUCAGUGGUUGCCAGAUGUUACAAAGCCUGAGGGCAAAGAUUAUUCCAUACAUCGUUUGAUUUUGGGAACUCACACGUCUGAUGAACAAAAUCAUUUGCUAAUAGCAAGUGUGCAGUUACCAAGUGAAGAUGCACAGUUUGAUGCUUCUCAUUAUGAUAGUGAAAAAGGAGAAUUUGGGGGCUUUGGAUCUGUAAGUGGAAAGAUUGAAAUAGAAAUCAAAAUUAACCACGAAGGAGAAGUUAAUCGUGCACGUUUUAUGCCUCAAAAUCCGUGUAUAAUUGCUACUAAGACACCUUCUAGUGAUGUUCUGAUAUUUGACUAUACCAAACAUCCUUCAAAACCAGACCCAAGUGGUGAAUGUAGUCCAGAUCUUCGUUUGAGAGGACACCAAAAAGAAGGUUAUGGAUUGUCUUGGAAUCCAAACUUAAAUGGUCAUUUGCUCAGUGCUUCUGAUGAUCAUACAAUUUGCCUGUGGGACAUCAAUGCAACUCCAAGGGAUAACAAAGUUGUUGAUGCAAAAACUAUAUUUACUGGACAUACUGCAGUUGUCGAGGAUGUUGCUUGGCAUCUCUUGCAUGAAAGUCUCUUUGGAUCUGUUGCUGAUGACCAGAAGUUAAUGAUCUGGGACACUCGAUCAAACAACACAAGUAAACCCAGUCACACCGUAGAUGCUCAUACAGCUGAAGUAAACUGUCUUUCUUUCAACCCCUACAGUGAAUUUAUUUUAGCCACAGGAUCUGCAGAUAAGACUGUUGCCCUGUGGGAUUUGCGAAAUUUGAAACUUAAGCUUCAUUCCUUUGAAUCUCACAAAGAUGAAAUAUUCCAAGUCCAAUGGUCACCACAUAAUGAAACUAUAUUGGCAUCUAGUGGAACAGAUAGGAGACUUCACGUAUGGGAUUUGAGUAAAAUAGGCGAAGAACAAUCACCUGAAGAUGCAGAAGAUGGACCUCCCGAGUUACUGUUCAUUCAUGGCGGCCAUACAGCCAAGAUUUCAGACUUUUCUUGGAACCCUAAUGAGCCAUGGGUAAUUUGCUCUGUAUCUGAAGAUAAUAUCAUGCAAGUUUGGCAGAUGGCUGAAAAUAUCUAUAAUGAUGAAGAGCCAGAAGCCUUGGCUACAGACUUAGAACCCAGUGCAACUUAAUUGCUCUUUCAUUUGUUUUAAUAUUGAACACUAUUUUUAAAUGAAUUUUAAAAGAGCAUAUAUUAUAUUCAUCUGUGAAGUUCUUAAAGGACACUUGCUCUUUCAUUUUACUUUAUUAAUGUUAAUAAUUGCUGAAAGCUAUUUGUCCUUUUGUAAUAAAAUGUAAAUGUUUUAUAAUAAAGUU